AUGGGAAACAGUAUAAUUAUUAAAAAUAUUCAGAUAUAUGUGGAUUAGAUGAAGAAAAGAAACAUGUUUUAUAACCAGAAUCCAAAAUAAUUACAACCAGAACAAUCAAAUAAACAACUAUUUCAAUUAUACAGGCAGAUAUAGCUGAGGAUUUAUCAGAUGUUGUUGGUACUAAUUGCAAUUCAUUUUAGUGAAUGCAUCUCAUGAACCUGCAUGGUCUUAUUUAGCAAAAAGGUAUUCUUUGAAUUAUUUAAAUUUAUAGAAAUAAAAACAAUAGUGCUAAUGAACUCACUCAACAAAGUAUUUUUUAAAUCUGAUAUAAAAUAGUGAAAAUAGGAGAAUUGAUUAAAACUAAAAGUGAUAAUGUUAAUUCAUUAGAAAUCUAUCAUGUACGUUUACCAUAUUAUUAAGUAAGAUUAUAUAUUAAUUUAUUAAAGGAUACAAGAGAUCUAUAAUUAAUAUUUUAGAGUUAUUAAGUAUGUUUAAGAUAAAAGGGAUUUAAUUCAAUAUCAUUUACUGAGUAGAAUUCCCCUAACUUUUCAAUUCCAAAAUAAUUUCAUGCUGAAGUUCUUAUCAGAGCAAUAUUAUAGUAAAUUAUAAUCAUUUAUUUCUUAGAUCAAUAACAGAUGAUGAAAUAGCUUUUGAAUAAAUUAAAUUUGUUAGUUUAGAUUAGAUUACUUUGAAAUACUUUGCAUAUGAAUUAAUGAAAUUAUUAGAUGAAUUCAGAAUACCAGAUUUGUAUAAAUUUAGAUAAUAAUAAUUCUUAAAUUAUUUAUGUAUAUUCAUUUUUAAUAUUUAGAAAAUACCGAAGAAUUAAAAAAUGAAGUAUAUUAAUUAAGUACUGGUAUCACUACUGAUAUAGAUUAAUUUGAUGGAUAAUAAUGA